AUGGAAUUCUGUUGGACGUGGAUGCCUGUUCUCGAUAUCGAUGGAAUUUCGUCCGAAAGGGACUCCGCAGUCUCCACGAAAGCAACGUCCAUCCUACUCCUACAAUCCUUGAUGCUGGUAGGGUCGUAUAUGACAGGAGGUAAACAUACAAGCACACCUCUGCCGUUACACUAUCGGCGUGUGAAAGCUAUAGUCGACAGUGGAGUUGAGCGCAACCCUUUCAAGCUCCUAGCUGCCGCGUGCUUGAUGCAAUGGUGCGCACCCAGUGCUCCGAAGGACAUUUCAAUGGACACACCGCGGUUCUGGAACAUGUAUGCCAUUAGCUUAGCUCAACAAAUGGGGCUGCACCGAAAAGGCCUUCGCCCGGGGAAGAAUGAAGGCCUUAAAAGGCGGAUUUGGUGGACGCUUUAUGCAAGAGACAGCCUCUCAGCGUCCGCGCAUGGCCGGCCUCGCCUGAUCAACAUCGCUGACUGCACUGUUGAGCGGCCUAGUACAUCUGACUUCCCCGAUCCGUCCGAUCUCCGAGCCCAGAUAUUCGUCUCUUGGGUCUCGAUCUGCGAGAUCCUUCACGAUAUCUGCCUCUGGCUCUCUGCGCAACCUGACGCGACUUCAAUGCACAAGCAGGUACUUGCCAAUCGCCUUCUCGAGUACAUUCGGGGCCUAUCUCCAGAGCUGCGACUCACCGAUCCAAGCGGCCGUGCCCGCGCCUACGAUUUUCAACUCGCUCAACUCCAUGCCACAAUUCUGACUGCCAUCACUCUCCUGUAUCGUCCAUCAUCGAUCUUCAAUAUUUCUCCACUCUCAUCCUCAGCCAUCUCCAUCGCCGCGUCCAACUUGAACGUCAAGAUCUUUGAAGCCAUCGAGCUCCGCAACCAUACUCAUUGUCUCAGUUCCGCCUUCACAUGGUAUAUGCUCGUUACCGCCAUUCCACAAUUAUCCGCCCUUUGCUGCGUCCCAGCGCUAGCCUCGCAGUCUGGUCAUGCGCUGGACACCAUCGAGAACGUGCUGCAGACUUUCAGUCGGAUCCGGACGUCUGCGGUCAACAAUCUUGCCAACGUGAGGGCUAUAAGGAAGGCGGUAUCGAUGCAAAACCCCAACCACCCCAACAUCAGUCAUGGUAAACGAGAUCAGGAGCGAGCGAGUGGAUAUAACAGUUCUGAGACAGAAGACACCGAUACACUAGUUGAGCUACUGGAGCCUUAUGGCCCGUCGGCGCUGAAGAACUAUGAGUCGAACAUAGAGGCUUUGCGAACUUUAAUAUCCAGAUCAACCACGGAGCAGGAAGAUACUUCGAUCAUGGAAAGGAACACCCAGGCACCGGUUGAUCAGGGUCCGGUGCUCGGCGACUGGAUGACCCCAGAUGAGCGUCUUGGUCCUCUCCCAAGGCCAACUCUGGACACGUACAACUCGGAUUUUCAGCUUUUGGUUGGCGAUGACUUCCAAGAGAGCGGAUGGAUGCGCGACUGGGUGGAUGAUUUACAGCUUUUUGGGUUAGACGUGUGA